UGCUUUAGCUUCACCGCGCUGACGGGAGUUUGAAGAUGGGAGACGAUUUAGGAGACGAGUGGUGGAAACAAGGCAGCAAUUCAGAUGCCUCUAGUGGGGAAGAGGAGGAGAAAACUGCAGAGAGCGUUCCCAUGGAGAAGAAAGGGAAGAAGAGGAAGAGCCAGAGUCAGUCUGUGAAGACUACAAAAGCCAAGAAGAAGAAGAAGACGGCACAGAAAGAAUGUUUUAUGACUCAGGAGAAAAAAGAGGACAGUGAAGAAAAGGACUCAAAAAAACCCAAAAAGAGGAGAAAGAAAAAGACCAUCACGGAUGUCCUGGCCACUUCAGAGCCUAAACCGGGAUGUCCUGCGGACCUCCAGAACAUCAUCCAGAAGUAUUACUCAGACAAGCGCUCCGUCAUCGAAAUGGAGGAGCUGAAACUCCCAGAUUCCUGCUUCCUGGCCAACAAUGACCUCACUCACAGUCUGUCCUCCUAUUUAAAGGAAAUUUGUCCCAAAUGGGCUAAGGUCCAGAAGCAGCACACGGUGAAGAAGUCUUUGGUCCUGUUGAUCGUCUGUAGCUCUGCCCUUCGUGCCAUCGAGCUCAUCAAACAGUUGACUACCUUCAAGGGAGAAGCGAAAGUGAUAAAGUUAUUUGCAAAACACAUCAAGGUGGAGGAGCAGACGAAGCUUCUGGACAAAGGGGUGACGCACAUUGGAGUGGGGACACCUGGCCGGAUCAAAGCCCUCAUCGAGAAAGAUGCACUGACCCUGCAGGCAUUGCGCUUCCUAGUCCUUGACUGGAACUGGAGGGACCAGAAAUUGAGGAGGAUGGUGGAUGUCCCUGAGGUUAAAAAUGACAUGCUGAAGAUGCUGGAAGCUGGUAUUAUGAAGGGCUGUCAAGAAGGAACUGUAAAACUGGGCCUGUUCUGAUUGAGGAACUCAACCCAAACCUAGGCCCCCCCACCCCAUAAACCCCCUCCGGGUCACAAAAUAAAGUCCCAUCGCAUAACCACGCAAGUCAUUUUGUCCUACUUGUAUUGAGUCUGUAUACUAACACAGUUGUGUGUGCAGUGAUUACAGUGGUUGUAAUUGUCACUGUGAUGGCUCUUUGUUUUUUUUUAUA